CAUUCCCUUUUGAAAAAAAGACAGCUCUUUCUGAUAUCCUUCCAUUUGAAGAUCAACGUCUUGCAUGGCCAAUGGCUUUGUCACGUAGUUGCUCAUUGAGCUAAUUAAGCCACUACAAAUUAAGGUGACAUUCCUCGAAGAAACGCAUGUAAGAUAGCAAAGGUGCUCCCCAAGAAUUAGCGUGACUGUACUCUUGAACUCCGCACCUUUCAGCAAACUUCUCGAUCGAUUUAACCACAAACCAUACAAGUCCUUGUUAGGCAUAGCUCUCGAUAGGAUCAUUGUUGUGGAAGAUUAGAGAGAAGCUUCCUAAUAAUUAAUCUGGGCAAAUGGAUUACGAGGUCUUUGGGUUAGUCAUCGUCCUGUUGCUGUGCGUCGCGUGGGCAAUAGUGACUGAGCGUCGCCAGCGGCAGCUGGAGGAGCUGGGGCAGCUGCCACCAGGGCCAAGGCCGUUCCCGGUGGUGGGAAACAUCUUCCAGCUAGGCUGGGCCCCGCACGUGUCAUUUGCCGAGCUGGCCCAGAAGUUCGGUCCUAUCAUGACCUUGUGGCUUGGAUCCAUGGGCACCGUGGUAAUCUCGUCCGAUGAGGUGGCCCGGGAGAUGUUCAAGAACCAUGACGCGGUCCUUGCUGGAAGGAAGAUCUACGAGGCCAUGAAGGGCAAUCAUGGGCACGAGGGCAGCAUAAUCACGUCCCAGUAUGGCCCACACUGGCAGAUGCUCAGGCGGCUCUGCACCACUGAGUUCUUUGUGACGAGCCGGUUAGAUGCCAUGAGAUGUGUCCGAGGGAGGUGUAUCGAUCAAAUGGUGCAGUUCGUGGAGGAUGCAGGAGCCUCAGGAACCGCUGGGAUUGAUGUCGGGAGGUUCUUCUUCUUGAUGGCUUUCAACCUUAUUGGAAACCUCAUGUUCUCUAAGGAUCUUUUGGAUCCCAAAUCAGAGAGAGGUGCCAAAUUUUUCUAUCACGCAGGGAAGGUGAUGGAGUUGGCGGGGAAGCCAAACAUGGCAGAUUUCUUGCCGGCACUGAGGUGGUUGGACCCGCAGAGGAUCAGGAGCUGGACGCAGUUUCACGUGAAUCGGGCCUUCGAUAUCGCUGGGGAGUUCAUUAGGGAAAGAAUGGAGACCGUGAGGACCAGUAGUGCUGCUGGUAGUAAUGGAUCGACUGUGGAAGAAGAGGAGAAGAGGAACAAGGACUUCCUUGAUGUGCUGUUGGAGUUCCGCGGCAACGGCGUCAAUGAGCCUGCUACCUUCUCGUCGAGGACCAUCAACGUCAUCGUUUUUGAAAUGUUUACUGCUGGAACUGACACGACCACGAGCACAUUGGAGUGGGCCAUGGCCGAGCUCCUCCACAACCCGCGGACGAUAAGGAAGGCCCAAGACGAGCUGAGGAGCGUAGUGAGCCCCAACAAGAAGCUUGAGGAGAAGGACAUAGAGAACCUCCCUUACCUCAGGGCAGUCAUAAAGGAGACUCUCAGGCUUCACCCACCACUCCCCUUCUUAGUCCCUCACAUGGCCAUGAGGUCUUGCAAGAUGCUAGGGUAUUACAUCCCCAAGGAGACCCAGAUCCUUGUCAAUGUCUGGGCCAUCGGCCGUGACCCUAAGACAUGGAAGAACCCUCUCGAGUUCCAGCCCGAGAGGUUCCUUGAGCCCGACUCUGUGGACUUUAAGGGGCACCACUUCCAGUUCAUACCAUUUGGGUCGGGCCGAAGGAUGUGCCCUGCCGUGCCACUGGCUUCUCGGGUGCUCCCACUGGCUCUGGGGUCACUCCUCCACUCCUUCGACUGGAAGCUGGCUGAUGGUCUCAAGCCUGAGAACAUGGACAUGAGCGAGAGGAUGGGGAUCACGCUCCGGAAAGCCGUGCCUCUAAAGGCAAUACCGGUGCCCUACAACAAGUUGAUGUAGAAAGUAUCUGAACCCUUGUUCAUCCCAAUAUUAAGCUUGAGAUAAGUUGCGAUUAAACUGUGUAUCGUGAAUUGUAUGCCAAGGCUGCUUGGUACGACCUAAUGCUAUUAUCAUGACGCGUUCUAUAUGAUCAAAUCAUCAUUUGCU